ACUAUCUUGAAUUGGGCCUCACUGGAUUUUAUCUUGCCCUAAACGUUAUUCCCUUUAUCCUGUAAUCAUGUAUAGUUUUUCACUAUAGCAGGCAACAAAGAAAGCUUUUCACUGUACCUCGGUACACGGGACAACGAGCAAACCAAAAGGGGUAAUUUUACCAGAGGGCCGAUUAACCGACAAACCCGCACGUCUUUGGGAUGUGGGAGGAAAGUGGAACACCUGGAGGAAACCCACGCGGUCCCUGGGAGAACGUGCAAACUCCACACAUUGAUUGCUCUUUGCUUCCUUCUCCAGCAUGGAUGGAUUGACCACCCCACAGGAGCGUGGUAAAGGAUGGUACUUGGCUCUCAUGGCCCCCAAUAUAAAGGGCCCACCCUACGCCUGGCUCGAUCCAUCCAGGCUCUAUUGUAACCAACAGGCACUUCAGGACUGCGUCGAAGACUUGAUCCGUCCAUUCCAAAAUGACACCAUAGACCUCGUAGCCGGGAUAGAUGCAAUGGGUUUCGUACUAGGUGCGGCCAUCGCUCACCACCUCAGGACGGGGUUUCUAACGUUGCGGAAGGAAGGUCACCUCUGUGUGGCCACCAGGAGCACGGCCUACUCUGACUAUACUGGGCGGCAGAAGGUGCUGGAGAUGCGUGAUGAUGUGGUUAGAGCAGGUUUGCGAGUCCUGGUGGUGGAUCAAUGGGUGGAGACAGGAGGGACAAUGAAGGCGGCAGUAACACUCAUUGAACAAGAAGGUGGAACAGUAGCAGGUAUCGCUGCGAUUUGCAUUGAAGACACGUCGGGAGGAAGGCAGAUCAAAGAGAAAUACAAAUGUUCAACCUGUGUCCCCGACUUCCUGCAGCCACAGUUUAACAACAAAUACUUAGAGAGCUUCAAAGCCUUUGGGACUCAGUGCAAUAAACCUAAGUGAACCAUC